GGGAGCGGGAGCGGUCCCGGAGCGCACGGAGCGCCGCGCCCGAGGCGGGGCCGCUCCCAUGGAGGCAUUCCCGGGCACCAAGCUGGAGCAGCACCGGCACCUCCCGCCCGUGGAGUGCCUGCCGGGCGCCCGCUACGGCGGCCGGAGCCACAGCGCCUGCGGGAACGUCUUCAACUCCUGGAACGACUACCUGGGGCUGGCCACGCUCAUCACCAAGGCCGUGCGGCCCGGCAAGGGCUUCGGCCCCGAGCCCCCCUCGGUGGUGGUAGCGGCCGCCGUGCCGCCGGCCGAGGAGGAGGAGGAAGAGGAGGAGGAGGAAGAAGAGGCGGCGGGGCCGUACUUCGAGGGCGCGCUGGACUUGCACGACCUGGAGCUGUGCGGGCAUCACCACCAUCACCACCACGGCGAGGGGCUGCUGGAGGAGCGCUUCGCCGAGUUCAGCCCCUUUCCCGGGCGCGGCGGCCCCGCCGCCGUGGUGUUCGACUGCUCGGGGGAGCACCCGGGCCGGGAGGGCUCUGCCCACGCCUGGGGCGGCGUGGUGGUGGCGGGGCGGCUGCCGGCGCACCCGCGGGCCGCCUCCCGCCUGCUCAAGCCCGAGCUGCAGGUCUGCGUCUUCUGCCGGAACAACAAGGAGGCGGUGGCCCUCUACACCACGCACAUCCUCAAGGGACCCGACGGCCGCGUCCUGUGCCCGGUGCUGCGGCGCUACACCUGCCCCCUGUGCGGCGCCAGCGGCGACAAUGCCCACACCAUCAAGUACUGCCCCCUGUCCAAAGUGCCGGCGGCGCGGCAGCUCCGGCACGCCCGGACCGCGCUGGGCAGGAAGGGCCGCUAGCGGCCGGGA